GCAAAACACCACCCUUGACCCCUUUGGUUACUUCCCGUCUCCACCCUCCAUUCACCCAUUGGCUGAUCACUUAAGCAAGGUCCAAUCUCAAACGGCCAGUCGUCCGCCAAACCUGGCAAUGACGAGGAUCGGCGCCAUCAGCGCUCGGCUCCUGGCUGGCUGGCUGGCGCUUGUUGCUUCAUGGCUGGUGCUGGGAUGUUUCAUCGCGAGCCAGUCACAUUCUCCGACCGCAAUCCCGCCACUCGCGGGCGCCAAGUGUGCCUGACCCUCGACCUGUCGCAUGUCGCAUGUCAGGUCACUGUUUACAGCAUAAGUCGAGAUCUGCUACGAUGGAUCUCUCCAGGUACCCGAUUCGAUCCAUGGAAACCAUGGAGGGUUCGACUCCGGACGCCAUACUACGUACUCCCCCAUCCUGGGCUCCUCCAAACAAGCUUGACGGCUCGAUUCGAUCCUUCAAUCCGUGUCAGGGCACUCCCAUGCCUUUUCUUGCCCCUCCUGCUGAUCGAUGAUGGGAUGAACAUUCCCUGCCGAAGUCUUGGUAGCUCGGCGCCAAACAAUCUCCCCUUUCCCCUCGAUCCCCGACGAGAGUUCGGAGUAGAUAGGCCGAACAAGAUGGAGAUGAUACACAGUUCGUCCGCAUGAUUACUAGGACUUGGCCUGUCUCAUCUAUCCCCACCCUUCAGGAAAGGCGUGGAACGCUCCAAGGGAAAAAAGUGGUCCUUUCGAUUCAAGCCCCCCCUUUGUAGACAGCCUUUUAUUGUUCCCCUCUCUUCAAUUUCUUUCUUCGUUUCUCCGUCUCGACAACAGGCUAUUGUCGUUCUUUGCUCCUUUAUUUUCUUUGCCUUUGUCGCCUCCUUUCGUUUCUCGGACAAUCGUCUAUCAACGUGGUGGACAAGCUCCAUUCGCGGAUUUUUGCCCUUCUCGCCAGUGACUGGAUCACCAGCAUUCCUUUCGUUGCCCACCGACAAAAAUACAUAGCCUCUGCUAGCUAUUCGUCAGGCUCUGUCAUUCUUGUCGUUCCCGUGCUGUGCACACAAUUGACCAACGGAACUUUCCAUCAAUUGAGGCCUUCGGUUCCCAUUUCUCUUCAAUUCUUGCCCUAUUCACCCAUUCAAUCUAGGCAGGCCCUAUCGUCGUCUCCAGCCGCUCAACGGCUUUUUGAUAGACCCCUUGGACCUACUUGAGCAACCACCGACUCUUCGUUCUCGUGCCCUCUGAAACGGCCUGGUGUUGUUUUGGUUUGCUUCAUCCAGACUACUUCUAACUGGGAGAAAAGACAACGCUUCUAGAAAAGUUUGUCGAAGUGGGCCUUGCCUUCUAACUCUCUCACCUCUGCAGCAAGCCGGUCUUGCUCAAACUCGAGUAGAACUCUCUCAUCUUCCCCAGGCUACGAUCUUAACUAGUGGCAUCAUGCAAUCCCUGCUCUUGGCUCUAUCCCUCGUGGGACAGAGCCGUGCCCAAGAGAUUAUUGUCGAGAAGCGAGAAGGCUAUAGUGCCAUGUCGAUGUGGUACGAAGCAUACAAUGAUGCCCUAGUACGCUACACCAUCCUCUCACUUGGCUGCGCUGCUGCCGCAUACUAUGUCUGGUCUCUCGCCUUCCGAUUCUCUGGUCACCUGCGACGACUGGCCACUUUCACCGAUGACAAGCAGAAGUACUUUGUACCAGCGCACGACAAGUUCUGCUGGCUCAAGGAGCACUUGAUCUAUGCCCCGCUGUUUGGUACCCGUCACAACCGCGAGUUCCAGCUCUCGUCGGCUAUCAACAUGGGUAACCUGCCAAGCCGAUUCCAUGGCCUCCUUGUCGUCAGCAUUGUUGCCAUGAAUGUCGUUCUCUGCACAGUGACUACUCCUUAUAACUCUGAGGAGGACACUUUGGCAGGUAUCGUGCGUAACCGUACCGGCACCAUGGCUACCGUCAACCUGAUUCCUCUGAUCAUCAUGGCUGGUCGCAAUAACCCCUUGAUUGCUAUGCUGCAUGUUCCCUUCGACACAUGGAACCUCCUCCACCGCUGGCUGGGUCGUAUCGUGGUGCUCGAGGCUCUUGCUCACACUUUUGCCUGGGCAAUUCCCAAGAGCCAGAAAUUGGGAUGGAGUAUCGUUGGAAAGGCCCUAGUGUCCAGCAGCUUCCUCUUUGCCGGCCUGAUUGCUACCGCUGCAUUCACGGCCCUGCUGCUCCAUUCGCCAUCCGCUAUCCGGCACGCUUUCUACGAGACAUUCCUUCACCUCCACAUCGCCAUCGCCGCCGUAUCAUUCGGUUUCCUGUGGGUGCAUCUGAAUGGCCUGGUUGCUCAAAAGUAUCUGCUUGCUGCCAUCAUUCUCUGGGCUCUGGAGCGUGCCACUCGCCUCUUUAUCAUCGUGUACCGCAACUUCGGCCGUCAGUCCACCAGUGCGACUAUUGAGGCUAUGCCUGGUGACUGCAUGCGCAUCAGUCUCCGCAUGGCUCGGCCCUGGACUUUCAAGCCUGGUCAGCACAUCUACCUCUACAUUCCAGCCGUGGGCUGGUGGACCGCCCACCCAUUCUCCGUUGGCUGGAGCGAAGUCGAGGAGACCAUCUCCGAUGAGAAGUCUCUCCCGGUCGCCAGACAAGAUCUUCUCGGUGGACCGAAGAAGACAACCCUAUCCCUGCUCGUUCGCCGCCGCACCGGUAUGACCGACAAGCUCUUCCAGCGUGCUUCGAAUGCCAUUGGCUCGCGCGUGACCCUCCGCGCCUUCGCCGAAGGACCCUACGGUAACAUCCACUCCAUGGACUCUUACGGCACGGUAAUGCUCUUCGCUGGUGGCGUGGGUAUCACACACCACGUCCCCUUCGUUCGGCAUUUGGUCGCCGGUUUCGCUGACGGCACCGUUGCAACACGCCGCCUCACCCUGGUCUGGAUCAUUCAGUCCCCCGAGCACCUAGAGUGGAUCCGACCCUGGAUGACCAGUAUCCUGGCCAUGGAGCGCCGCCGUGAAGUCCUCCGCAUCAUGCUCUUCGUCACUCGACCCCGCAACACCAAGGAGAUUCAGAGUCCCUCCGCGACCGUGCAGAUGUUCCCCGGUCGGCCCAACAUCGACACACUCAUCGGCAUGGAGGCUGAGAACCAGGUUGGUGCUAUGGGUGUGCUGGUUUGUGGAAACGGUGGCUUGAGUGACGACGUGCGUAAGGUGUGCCGCAGGCGACAGGCUGACUCGAACAUUGACUACGUCGAGGAGAGUUUCUCCUGGUAAAUCAUGUUUGUUAUGGCUGUCCUGUCCAUGCAGGACUUUUGAUAUGACGUUGUUUGAGCGGGUUGUUGGUGAAUGUUCUCAUGUCUUGGUCGCCUCUAUUUCUUUGAUUUUUCUUUUCUCCACAUUCCUUUCUUGGGCUGCAAAGCCUUCCCUUUUUUUAUAUGAUAUUUUUGGAUAUGAUGUACUCUCGAGCUUGCUUAUUGAGUAUGUCAUAUCGUCUUUCUUUUUGGCUCCUUUGGGAAUUGAAACUUUGACUUCCUUUUUGAACUUGGCUUUAUACUUCUAUCUUCGAUUGCGGUUCAUAACUCAUGAUAUGUUUGAGCUGGCUUUGGAGUGUUGUACAUAUCUUUCUUGUUUAUCACUUCGAGAUGUGGAGUGCUUUCGCUGGAGAAACAAAUGGUUUGUUGCAGUUGGAAUAAUCAUUCCUUUGCUCAUUGACCGUAUCUGCUUCUUGUUUUCUAGAGCCUAACUUAGACAAUGCCCUCCAUUCAUACCUUCUGAUUGGCCAUCCACGUCACUCUAAUGUGUUGUCGAUCACUUGAUAGGAUGGACAAUCUACAUCAGAAUGGAUCUAUGAAACGUAAAUCAAUUCGAAAGUUACUGAUUCUGA